AUGAGGACUUUUGAAACGUGCCCCUCGCGGCCCCUUCGCGGCCCCGUCGCCGCCCCUAUCGGCCCCGUCGCCGCCGCCAGCGGCCCCGUCGCCGCCGCCAGCGGCCCCGUCGCCGACCUCUCAGGCCCCUCGCGGCCCCUUCGCGGCCCCGUCGCCGCCCCUAUCGGCCCCGUCGCCGGCGCCAGCGGCCCCUUCGCCGACCCUAGCGGCCCCGUCGUCGCCUCUAUUGGCCCCGUUGCCGCCGCCAGCGGCCCCGUCGCCGCCGCCAGCGGCCCCGUCGCCGACCCUAGCGGCCCUGUCGCCGCGGCGACGCCCAUCCCCGGGCCCCCAGGGACCCCAUCGCGGCGCCCCCAGGGACCCGUGCGCGGCUCCCUAUUGCCCGUCGUGGCGCCCCCCUUUGACCCGUGCACCGCCCUUGGGGAGCCGCGCACCCGUCCCCGUCGACCCGCGCGCUCCCCUCCGUCGUCCGUCGCGGCGCCCCCCGGGACCAGCGCGCAGCUCCCCGUCGCCCUUCGCGGCGCCCCCGUCGACCCGCGCGCCGCCCUCGGGGACCCGCGCGCCCAUCCCCGUCAACCCGCGCGCCCCCCUCGUGGACCCACGCGCCGCCCCCGGGGACCUCCGCGGCCGCCCCCGUCGACCCGCGCGCCGCCCCCGGGGACCCGCGCGCACCAUGGGGUGGCACGUAUGGGGGUGGCUGGUAUGGGGUGUCAGAAUCAGUAG